CAUAACCAUAUCUAGCGAUGAGGAAGCUCAGGGUGUUUUUUAGAAUACAUCUGACACUGAAGACCUGAGUUUGUUGAUCAUUAGACCCACAGUCUCACUGAACUUUCAACAUCAUGGUGAAGCUUACACUUGACCUCAUUGCCAGGGGCACCUCUGGGUAUACAAAAAAGAAGCGGGAUGAAUCCAUGCAACAGUAUCUUCGACGACUGACACAUUUAUACUUGGAAGACAGAAGCAUUGAUGAUGUGGGAGAAGAUAUAAGUAUGUGCCGUAAUCUGACUGUAUUGUAUUUGUAUGACAACCAGUUAAGUAGGAUUCCAUCACUACAUCACAACAUGAACCUGACAAUGUUGUAUCUGCAGAACAACGAUAUAUCCAGAAUAGAAAACCUGUCACCUUUGACUCGUCUUCAGAAAUUGUAUUUGGGAGGUAAUUGUAUUACCGUUUUAGAAGGUCUAGAAAAAAUGGAUAAACUUCAAGAACUUCAUGUUGAAAACCAGAGGCUACCGCCAGGAGAGAAGCUUUUAUUUGACCCAAGGUCCUUAAAAGGAAUAGCUAUGUCCCUUCAGGUUCUCAAUGUGUCUGGUAAUGGGCUGGACAGUGUCCUCGACAUGAUUGGUCUGAGAAAUAUCUCCCAGUUUAUGGCCAAUGACAAUGAGUUAAGUGAUAUGAAGGACUUGGCACACAACUUCAGCAACUGGCCUACUUUAUGGAGGCUUGAACUGAUGGGAAACCCUGUAUGUCACAAAGCCAAGUACCGAGACAGGAUCAUUGUCAUGGCAAAAACUCUAGAAGUAUUAGAUGGAAAGGAGAUAACAGAAACAUCAAGACAGUUUCUUAGAAAAUGGCAUGCAAAUAAAGAAACACAGAAGAAGAAACGAGAUGAAAUAUAUCAGAGAAGUGCAUACGCAGACUUAGGAGAUAGUGCAGCCCACAGAUCAGCAGAGCUACCACCUGUUAAGGAUCCCGCCCGCCCAGUGAAGAGCAGUCAGAUCCCAGGUUAUAUGAUGCCAGGACUUCCCAGGAAACAGUUCGAUGAGUUGUUGGCCCGAACUGCCACCAUGGAACCUGCCUCCAGGGAGAAAGAGCCAACCGCAGUGAAAGCCAAGAGUGGGGUACUUAGAUCAAAGCAUGCUGAUGAAUUUGCUACACUACCACCUUCGUCAGUGGCCUCAGCACCACUCAGGCGACGCCCACUAAUGAGCAUGACCUUUGAACUGUCUGGAAACCUUGACAGCACCCAACACAUACAUCCUGGGAUGAUCAUACAUUGAGUGACUGAUACAGACAUGUGUGAUUACACAGGUCAAACACAUCACACAACAAAGACAUGUGACAUUGGUGUUCUGUUUCAUAGCAGUGUUCAAUGCUAGGAAAUCAACUGUUUGAUCUGUUGUGCAGCAAUUAUUUGACACUGAAGCUUUUGAAGGGUGCUUAACCUUUUUUCAGUAUAUAGUAUCUGUUGUGUCACUGUACUGGGAGGGCAGUUCUGACCAGUAAUCAUCGGAGGCUUAAUUAUUUGUUGUAGAUAUUGAAAUCAGACCUUAGAGCUGGCCCAAUAUUGUAUGUGCCAUAUACUUUUGUGCCUGGUAGUUCACAGUACACAGACUGAAUGGAUAAUAAUUACAACAGAUCGAGGCUUCAAAGAAACAGAUUGCUGGCCAGGUC